AUGACUGGAAAUGCAAAUGCUAGAUUUGAAAUGACUUUGGAUAGCCCCGACUCCAGUUUUGCUGGGGGCUAUCAGAGUGGACCUAGAGGGAAUUAUUCUGGUUCAAGUUUGAAUAGGUCUGGAAGCUUUAGAGAGAUUGCAGAGAGUAGAAUGUUUGGUUCUGGGAAGGCUACUUCUAGGGGGAGUGCUAUGUCAGCUGGGGACAAUCCUGCAUUGUCUCAAAGUCUGAUGUUGGAGCCAAUCGUAAUGGGUGAUCAUAAGUAUCCACGGUCAGUUGAGUUAAGGAGAAUUCUGGGCUUUUCUGUAGGAAGCAGCUUAGAGAACAAUUCUUUUGGUGCCGACCAUCUGAAGACUUCACCACCAGUAGUUAUGGAGGAAUUAAAACGAUUUAGAGCUAGUGUUUUGCUGACACUCGUGUCAAAGCUAGAUAAAUUUUUUUCUUCUGAUUCACCAUUCUUCUUCUUGAGAAAUCCUGAUACUGGACUCCUUUAUGGUAGAGCCAAAAAGCUGGACGAGCAUUUAAAUAAAUUGAACAAGUAUCUUGACUCCAUGACCCCUAAGAAGCAGCAUCGGAAUGUGCUAUUGACUAAUGAUCGAUCAGCUAGUUCAAACUCAAAGAUGGGAACGCAGAUGAUUCGUAGCCCUGCGGAACUUGUAGCUCAUAAAUUCGAGGAUGGACCUAAGAAUAUUGUUCUGAAUAAGCGUUUAAGGACAUCAAUUGCCGAAACUCGGGCAGAAUUCCGGGAUAAUGGAUUACUUCGGCAGCCUUUGGCAAUGCCAAAAGAACGAGGCCUAAUUAAAAAUAGUAGUGCAGAUGCAAAAUUAACUGCUGCUGGAGAAAGUUGGGACAGGAAAAUGCGAAGGAAACGCUCGGUAGGUGCAGUCUUUUCGAGACCUAUUGACUCUGAUGUGGAUCUGAAACGAACUAUGCAUCAUAAACUUAUCAGUGAACCUGGUGGUGGUAACAAGUUGGACCCUAUAUCGUCUCCUGCUGGUUCUAGUGCUCAUGCAACACCAAAAACUGAACAAGAAAAAUCUUUCCUUUCCAGGAAUCUUCAUCCUGUACAGAAUAAGGAGCGAGGUUUAGGAAAAGGAAACAUACAGUUGAAUAACGGUGAGGAAAAUCUUGCCGUCUGUCCUAGUCCAGUAGUAAAAGGGAAGGCCUCAAGGGCACCUCGAAAUGGCUCUACACGUGGACCUAAUUCAGCUUCUAAUGUUCCCCGAAUAUCUGGAGCUUUGGAAAGCUGGGAACAACCUCAAGGUGUAAACAUAAAUCCUUCAAUUGGAAGCUAUAACAAUCGGAAGCGUGGUAUACCGGCAGGGUCAUCCCCUUUGCCCAUCACUCAUUGGGUUGUGCAGAGGCCACAGAAGAAUACCCGUACAAGGAGGACAAAUCUUGUGCCGAUAUCAAACCAUGAUGAAGCACAGAUGCAAUCUAAAGAAUGUUCCCCUUCAGAUCUUGGUGCUAGAUUAAACUCUGGUGUAACCAAUGUUUCCCUUCUCUCUAGAAGCGCUGCAACUGGAACUCAUAAUUUCAAAGUUAAAACUGAAAAAUUUUCUUCCCCUGCUAGAUUAUAUGAAAGUGAAGAAUCUGUGGCAGGUGAGCACAGACUAAAGGAGAGAGGUGUAGGGAGUGUAUACGUGGAAGAAGAAGAUGAAAAUGGUGCUCAAAACAUUGUGUCUUCUGCAAUUCUUACAAAGAAGAACAAAUUUGUUGUUAAAGAAAAGAAAGGUGAUGGUGUACAAAGACAAGGCCAGAGUGGAGGUGUCUUGCCAUUUUCUAGGCCUAGUAUUUCACCUAGGAGAGAGAAGUUAGAUAAGGCAGUCGCGACCAAGCCACUGCAAAGUGCUAGGUCCGGUUCUGACAAGAAUGGAAGUAAGUCAGGCCGUCUUCUGAAGAAGCUAUCUGAUCGUAAAGGUUUCUCUUGUCUUGUCCAUGUGGCAAAUGGAGCUUCCCCUGAUUUUAAUGGGGAAUCAGAGGAUGACCAUGAAGAGCUUUUAGAAGCUGCAAAUUUUGCUUGCAACUCUACUGUCCUUGCCUGUUCGAGCCCAUACUGGAAGAAAGUUGAGGCUUUGUUUGCUUCUAUUAGUCCAGAUGAAAGAUCAUAUUUAUCACAACAGCUAAAAUUGGAAGAUGAAUAUUCUGGAAGCUUGAAUCAGAUAUUUGGCCCUGGAAAUAAUAUUCUAUGGAAAAUGGGUGAUCAUGGGCAUGAAGAAAUUCCUGCCUUUAAUUCGUUCUCUGGUGAGAGGAAUGGACACAAGAGAAAUCAAAUCAGGCGAAAAGACUCUUCCGAGGAAUUUGCCCAGCAACUGCAGGAUUCCUCUCUGAUUGGAAGCCUAGAUACAGAAGGAUGUACUCCACUUUAUCAAAGGGUUCUAUCAGCUUUAAUUGUGGAAGAUGAAAUUGAAGGAUGCAAAGAAAAUGGAUUUGGAAGAUCAAGGAGUUCAUCGGAUGAUGUAUGCUUCAUUAUUGAUUCUGAAAGUAAAAGUAGGUCUCUACAGAACUUCUCUGAGCCAAUUGUUGGCAUCCAAACUCAGAAAAAUGGCAACCCAAAUCAAUUUUUCUCUUGCAACGAAAAUACUGACAACAACAGAGUCCGCAGUGCUAGAGUACAUCCGUGCAACUCUGAACUGCUACAUGGUGAGGGUGGAUAUGAGCAUUCACAGGUUGAAGUGUUGGCUAGACUUUCAGGGUGUGAUCAUGCUUCACGAAGUUCUCAGACAAAAAGUAAUGGCAUUUCUUCCUCUGAUAGCCAAUAUGAUGAGAUGUGUCUUGAAGACAAACUUGUACUGGAGCUGCAGAGUGUUGGCCUGUAUCUUGAAACCAUGCCUUCCUUGGAUGAUAAAGAAGAUGAAGUAAUCAACCAGGAAAUUGUGCAGCUAGAGAGAGGACUUCAUCAAAAGAUUGGAAAGAAGAAAAUGUGCCUGGAUAAAUUGUACAAGGCUAUUCAAGCAGAAAAUGAUGCAGAAAAACGGAAUCCUGAGCAGGUUGCUAUGGAUAAACUUGUUGAGUUGGCGUACCAAAAACUUUUGGCAACUCGGGGACGUGGGAUUGCCAAAGUAUCAAAACAAUCUGCAUUGGCAUUUGCCAAGAGGACACUUUCCAGAUGUCAGAAAUUUGAAGAUUCAGGAGCAAGUUGCUUUGCUGAGCCUGCACUCCGGGAUAUUGUUUAUGCUGCACCUCCCCGAGCCAGUGAACCGGAGCUGCUCCCUGAUGCUAAUCUGGAAGUUGUUAAUGGCUCCUUACCUGGUUGUACCAAUGGGAGUUCGGUAGAUUUGUCUGAGGCUUCAGGACAUCAAUCUGAUCACGAUUUUGCUAAAAAUGGACCAACCAACAGAGGAAAGAAAAAGGAAGUGUUGCUUGAUGAUGUUGGUGGUGCAGUUUUUAGAUCAACAUCUACUCUAGGCAUUUCAGGUGAUGCAAAGGGAAAGAGAAGUGAGAGAGACAGAGAUAGAGAAACGUCAAUCAGAAAUCCAGCUUCCAAAAAUGGGCGCUCAUCAAUGGGCGGCUCUAAGGGUGAACGAAAAAUGAAAUCAAAGCCCAAGCAGAAGACAGCUCAGCUUUCCGCAUCAGGAAAUGGAUUUGUCAAUAAAAGAGAUGUUAGAUUAAUAGCUUCUGAUAAUGGCCCUCCGGAUUCAUCGAAGGAGACGAAGAAAUCAAUGGACUUCCCAAAUUUGCCACUGAAUGAUAUAAAUUCUAUAGAACUAGGAGUAGAUUCUGAUAUUGGUGUAACGCAUGAUUUCAGUUCUUUGUUCAAUUUUGAUGAGGACGGGUUACAAGACCAUGAUUCCAUAGGCCUCGAGAUACCUAUGGAUGACCUGUCAUCUAUUAUGUUUGAUCAUUGA